AUGGAUGAUGUUCCGCUCAACAGGCUGAUUAAAUCAUUCCACACGCUCCUUGACGAGCCCCUCGUGGUAGCCAUUGCUGGCGAUCAUGAUCUGACCACUUCCGCUGGCUACAAUGCUGCCGAGCAAACGCUCAAAGGUCUCUCCCAGGACGUGGUAAUUGAGGAGGCUACAGCGUUCGAUCCGAGCGGCGCCUCGGGCCUAGACGACACGCCGGCUCAGGGGAUUCAAGACCACGCGUCUGCAACAAGCCAGAGCAAUGGAACGUCGUCACAUCAGCAACAAGCUUCUUCAACGGAUGCAUCCUCCACAGACCGCUCCGAAUAUAUCCCUCAGCUCACGUCAUUCAAUGACGACAGCGAUGAGACUAAGUUUCUCAACCUGCGAAGUAUGUUUGGCGACUUGAAGGAUAUCGACAUCCGAUACGCGCUGCAAAAGUUCAAUGGCAACUUUCAGGCCGCUCUUGACAGCUUACUGGAUAUUCAGAAUCGCAUCUUCGAGGGCGAGAAUGUCAGGGGCAUAGACGCAUUCUUCGAUGACAGUGAGGAGCAAUCAAGUAGAAGCAAAGGGAAAAAGAAAGGCAAGAAGCGCGCGGGCAAGGCUGCGGCUUUCGACUUGGACGUCUCAACCAAGGAGGUGCUGACGAAAAAUCAAGUGAAGGAGCUCAAGCACCAAGAUGAGAUAGCCUUCCUGGCCGACCACUUACUUCAACCCUUUGACCACGUAUCAGACGUGUACUAUCGGAAGAAGACCUCCAGCGGCGCGACGGCCGCUGCGAUAUUGGACCAGUACAGCGACCUUGGGAUUACCUCUGAAGAUGAAGGGAGCAUUGCCACCGCCAAGCGACUCGCUAAUGAGCACCCAAAGGUGCCUGAGCGAUAUUUUCUCACUCUGCUGCAGGUCACCGACCAAGGGACCCAGGACAUCGCGGCAUUGCUUAGCAAACACUUCACCAAGAACCCACACAAAGAGCGACUUCAACUCACUCAUCUCAUGACCCCAUUACCAAAUGAAGAUUUGGAAGGUCAUGCGGGUUCACUGCCCGGCAGCAAACCACUGACGCCAGGAUCAAGCAAGUCCCCACGUUCCGAGUCGCGCGCCUCAUCUGGUGGCAUGUGGGAUCAUGCGGAGGUCGUGAAGCGCAUCAACGAUGCUAAUCGCUCUCGUCUCGAUGCUUCAGCCCAGAGCACAAGCAUGAUCCGCAAGGGAGGCCAUUACCGCCAGGGGGCAGUGGUGUACCAUGAGCGCGCGAGAGAGCAAGCUCUCCACUCGCAUGCCAUGUCCUCGGCUGCUGCCGACCUACUCGUCGACAAGCAAAGCAGCCGUAAUAAGAUUGACUUGCACGGCGUGAGUGUGCGUGAUGGCGUGCGCAUUGCGAGAACCAGGGUCCAAGCCUGGUGGGAUAAUCUGGGCGAAUUCAGAAUACGCAAGGCGCGAGAGGACCCUUACACCGUGGUCACCGGCUUGGGCCGGCACAGCGCCAGUGGCGUUUCCCAGCUUCGGCAGGCUGUGUUGGCUGCAUUAUUCCAGGAUGGCUGGAAAGCGUCUGUUGAAACGGGCUGUUUUGUCGUCACCGGACGGCGUUGA